AGAGUUGUUAAAAAUUCUGAAGAACAAGAAUUAGAGAAAAUAGCUGAAUUACAAAGACAAAUGGUACAGAGAAGGAAGUUAGCUGAAGAAUCAUUAAAGAAGUUGAAGGAAGGUGGAGCAGCUGUCCCUGUGAUCAAAGGUCGUAGUGACAAAAAUAUAGAACAAGAAAAUAAAUCCCAGAAUAGACUGAAAGGCUUCUUCAGUAAUAUUAAAGAUAAGAUGAAGUCAGGAUCUGUAAGUGUGCAAAAUAUUCAUUAUUCAAAAUGUGAGAAGGAACGAAGUAAACAAUCAGUAGACAAUAAUAAAUUUGAGUCAAUGGCUGAAAGAAUUUUGAAUUUUCAAAAAGGAACACCAGAAAGAUUUCAUACUAGAGCUAAAGACAGAUGCAAAGGUUUAAAAAGAUUGAGGUCUAAUUCUAAAUCACCACAGAAGGUAAAAAUAACAAUGCCUCAUACCCCAAAUUUACAAUGUACAAGACGAAAUAGACCAAUCAGAGUUCCAAGCCACCAACAGUUAGAGGAAAAAGAAAUUGAAGAAAUGAAGAAAAAUCAGUUCCAUGCCCGUCCUGUUAAUACUAAGAUAUUAGAACAAACCACUGGCAUAAAACAGAUUGUCAAAAAACCUACAACGAAAGUUGAGGGUUUUAAUUUAAGCUCUGAUAAAAGAGUUAAAGACAGGGAAGCUUCUAAAGUUAAAGAUGAGGAAAAGUUUGUUUUCCAUGCACAACCUGUUAAUAAUAAAAUACUGGAAGGUGUAGUGGGAGUGAAGCCUGCAAAAGAAAUUCCUGGUACAGUUCCACAAUCACCAGCUUUUGCUUUGAAAAACAGAGUAAGAUUACCAGUAGAAAUACCAGAAGAUAAGCAUGAUAAAAUUCAUAGAGCUCGUCAUGUACCUCAUUAUGGUUUACCAUUUCAACCUAAGAUAUCACACAAAACAACAGUCAUGCAACCAUUUAGUUUUGAAAAUCGGGAUCGAGAGAGGGCUGCUAAGAAAGAGGCUAAAAUACAACAAGUACUGGAUGAUGAACAGAAGGCAAGAGAAUUCCAUGCCCAGCCCAUGCCACAACUUGAUGAACCCGUUGGUAUACCAGAAAAACAAGGUAAAAAAUGGACAAUGCCUGUUCCAUUUGAAUUUGAAGUUGAUUUUAGAAGUUCAAGGAGAGCUGAGGAUAGUCAAAGCAGAAAUGAAGAAGAUAUGUUAUCUGAUGACAAGACUGUUUUUAAGGCUAGACCCCUUACUGUUAUUUAUCAAGAACCAUUUGUUCCUAAAAAAUCAACGAAACCCUUAACAGAUGUAUCAGAUUUUGAGUUAUUUACUGAAAGACGCGCAGCUAAAAGGGAGAGUUAUGAAAUGUACAAGAAGUAUAAAGAAGCUGAAAUUGAUGCACAGAAGAGGCAAAGAGAACAUGAAGAAAUGGAAGCUGAAAAGGAAAGGAUAGCUCGUGAAAGACAAGAAACUGUACAUAAAGCUAAUCCUAUACGUAGCUUUGCUGCUGUCAAAAUACACCAUAGUGACAAGCCAUUAACUAAAGCUGAAUCACCUCAUUUCUCCGAUAGAUUUAAGAUUUAA